AUGGAAGAUUUCUAUGAUUAGUUUAAAGAGUUUUACGAUAAAGUGAAUAGCAUCACGAAUGUUAGAUUCGCCUAUAUGAAAGAAUUGUAUAAUCUGGGAUUAGAACAAUUCCCUGAAAACCUCGAGAUUUUAAACUUUUAACAGAACAACUAAGGCAGCAUCCAGACGGGGAACACCAAAUUAAAAAAGAACUGGUCAGAUGAGGAUAAAAGGGUCUUGAUAUGGAUUAUCGGAAAAUACAUGGCCUAUCAUAAAAGAGAUUUCAAAUAAAUUGUAAUGUUUUCAACUCUAACCAUUUCUUUAGUGUGAAGAAGAUUGGCAGAACAUAUCAUCGAUGAUGUUGCGAAGAGACUCCUUCUAGUGCAAACAGAAGUGGCUACAAAUGUUGAAGUUGCCUCUUCAAUAAGCGCCCUGGGGACAAAAUGAAGAUGAAGCCUUAGUUAGGAUAAUAAGUGAGUUUUAGGCUCAGAACAAAGGGAAUAAAUGGAGUCAAAUUGCUACUGAACUCAAUAAAACUACAGGUCUUAAUGUUCACAGAAAUGGUAAGUAAUGUCGAGAGCGGUGGAAUAAUCACCUCAACCCCUCCAUAAAUAGGUAUAUAAUCCAUAAUAAACCAGGAAUCCUUGGCAAUAAUUGGAGGAUUUGGAACUUAUGAGAUUGGCCAUUUAAAAUGGAAAAAAGUGGGCAUUAAUUUCCAAAAAAUUGAAAUUACAGAGAAGCGAAAACAAUGUGAAAAAUAGGUUUAAUUGUUUGAUGAGAAAGGAGAAGAGCGGCAAAAAUAUACCUUAAUCCUAAGAUGAAAGUGAUAACGACAAUUAGGAAUCCUAUAUGUCUGAUCCUUCAGCUGAAGAGUUAAGUCCAGAAGAGAUUAAGCAAAUCCAAGCCAUAAUCAAGAAGAUAGAAUGGAGGAUGAAACAAGAUGGCACUACUUAUGAGAUCAAGUAGGAACAUCAAGAUCAGGUGUCCAAAAAGGUCUAAUUAGAUCGACGAGCUCUAAAAUCGAAAUAACAAUUAUAGAAUAAUCCCAAUAACAACAAAGUCUAAAAUGUUAAUAACUUUAAUAAUAUCAACAUUAAUAUUGAAAACUUCACGCCUUCCACUUUGAAUUAGCAUGGGAACAAUAAUAGUAAUCAAAUCUAAUUCCAAGUGUUGGAGUACAAUUAAAAUGAAGAUUAGAGCUAAUUAUCUUUCUGUUUGGUAAACAGAGACAAAGGAUUUAUCUAUUUUUUAAAUUAAGAACAAUUCAACAAUUAUGUUAACACUUAAAAUCAAAUCAGCAAUAACCAAUUAAUGAAUAUACCCAGUUUUUUGGCAGCCUAACCAGUAAACAGUAAUAUGAACUAUCAAAACAACAUUGUUCUGCAUCCAUAGGUCGAGCUCAAUCAAUAACAAAAUCCAUAGACGAAUAAUUUUGAUUGUCUUUCCGAUAACUAAAACCUCAAUUCCUUUUAUUUAAUGCACAGUUAAGUGAAUUUGAAUUUUAAUUAACCCAGUUAAGUGAAUUUUAAUUAGCCCAGUUAAGUUAAUUACAAUCAAAUGCCCCCCACUCGAUCUUAACUGAAUUUGCCAAAUCACUUAUAUAACAAUUUUACUUCCAACCCACAAUAUCUCGCUAACUUAAAUUAUCAUGUGACUUGCUAUCAGUAACCACAACAACCUUAGAUGAUGUUUUAAUCGCAACCUAGUGACAGGCUAGAUCUUUGA